AUGAAAGUUAUUAAAACAAAAUGCAAUGUCAUCAAUAUUGCACCAGUAAAGGAAGUGGUCAGUUUCUACAGCAUAACAGAAGCUAAGCCAUUGAUAUCUGAUUAUAGUACAACACUUGAUGAGUUUUGUCACAAACUAAAGCUUCAAUUCUUGCUUGAUAAGAAGCUUUCAAUAAGCGAUUUUCUCAUUUGUGAAACAAUUGAGUUUGUUCUAGACUGGGAUCCUGCUGAGCACUUAUUGAAUGAUAUUCGCCGUUUAAUGGAGAAAGCAUUUCAAGGAUUGAGCAGAAGGAUCAUAGUCAAAAGCAUGCAUAAAGGGAACUCCAUCAUUAUCAUUUGUGGUGCUCCUACUCAUCUAAUGAAUGCUUUGCAAUUGAGGGCUCGUGAUAAUCUUACUGUGCUGCAAGAAAAAUUUGCUUUGAUGAGAUUGAAAAUAGGACACUGUACUGUUUAUGAUAGAACCAUCAGAAACAAAGAACUAAAGUCUGUUGCAGAGGGAAUUAAAUUGUGUGAAGGAGAAUUAGAGAAGCUGAAUCUAUACCACAAUGACAAAAAAGGUCUCCUUGAUGAUCAAGAAUCGCAACUUAUACCUUUAAAAGAGAAACAAGAAUUCAUCAAUAGUAGCAAGCAGGCAUCAGGUUCUAAAACUAAAGUCAAAGAAAUGGAAAGAGAAAAGGCUGCAAAUACAAAAAAGCGAAUGUUAUUAGGAGAAACUGAACAUUUACAAUCUACUCUAAGGAUCAGAAUAAGUCGAAAGGAAGUACUACAAGACAAUAAAAAGAAAAUUGGGGAACUACAGGAAAGUAUAUCAUCUAUUAGUGUAAAAUUGUUGGAAAUGCAAACUUCUUACAAUAAAAAAAUAAAAUCCACACAGACAUUGCUAUCACCCAAUGGAUCUAUCUGUGAAGCUCAAGUUGAUUAUAGUGACCCAGUUAUUUCAUUCAAAAAGGGUGAACUACUUCAGUUAAGUACAAAUGGACAUGAGGUACAAUCACUGGAGACUGGACAGAAGAGUGCUGUUCCAAUGAUAUACAUUGGAUACUCAAGAGUAGAAUUACUUUACUUGUUUCAGUUUGCAGUCAUAAAGGAAGGAUUAUCACUUCUACCUGCUCUCCUUGAUGAUGAUGAAAAAGCAGAAUAUUUUAUACUAAAAAUUGCUAAAGAUCCUACUCUACUACAAUCAUUGAGGGAAUUGAUCACAAAGGAUAAAUUAUUUGUGGCUAGUUAUAAUUUUGAAGCACAAACCUCAAAUAACUUAACUUUAAAGAAAGGAGAAGUUCUUGAAGUUGUUACAUAUUAUGAAGAUAGUGAUUGGUGGUAUAUGCAUUCACUUCAUACAGACAAUAAAGGAUAUGUACCAAUUAAUUAUAUAACACCGAUUGAAGGAGAAUACUCACCAAUGAAAUACAUCUACUAUCAUACAGUGAGUCGUGCUGAAGCAGAGAAGAGACUGAGUCAAGCAGACACUCAAGCAGGUACUUUCCUAAUUAGAGAUAGUGAAAGCAAUCCUGGACAGCAUUAUUCCCUUUCACUUAAUGGUGGUGAAGUCACUAUCAGGCACUACCGUAUAUCCAUUGAGAAUAAUAAGUAUUAUAUACACCCUCGUGUCAAGUUUGACUCACUCAAUGACCUGGUACAUCACUACAUGAUGAAAGCUGAUGGUCUGAUCUGCUCACUAACAGUUCCUAUACCCAAACAAAGAAACAUACCCAUUGCAAUGAAUAAAGAGUGGGAACUUAAUAAGUCCCAUAUUAAGUUUUCAGACAUCAGUGUAGGAAGGUUUGGAGAGACAUGGGUGGGUUUUUGUAAAGGUAAAGGGCCAGUUAUGAUUAAAACAAAUAUAGCAACAGAUAUUACACAAGAAACAUUUCUUGACAAAGCCAUUAUACUGGUAAAACUUCAUCAUAAGAACAUCAUCAGUCUAUAUGGUGUUUGUACUGAAAGCUAUCCUUUUUAUAUUGUAACAGAGCCAAUCAAUAGAAACCUCAAAGGUUACCUAACUAAAAAUAAUCCUACACCAGCAGAGUUGGUAGAUAUUGCUAUUCAAGUUACUGAUGGUAUGAUGUAUCUAGCAGAGCAAGAUUACAUUCAUUGUGAUCUAAGAGCAGAGAAUAUACUAUUAGGAUAUACUAACACUGUCAAGGUAGCAAACUUUCAUCUUGCUCAACACCUCAAUGGCAAUAAAUACUGGACUGUUGAGAAAGGAACUGAUCUAGCUAUAAGAUGGACAGCACCUGAAGGAUAUACUUUAAAGCGACUGAGUAUUAAAUCUGAUGUUUGGUCAUUUGGUAUAUUACUAUGGGAACUGGGUACCAAAAGAAAGGAACCGUAUCCUGGCAUGACUAAUGGGACAGUAAAGGAGGCAGUAUCAAAAGGUUAUCAUAUGCCCAUACCCCGAGAUUGUCCUAAACCAUUUAAACAACUUAUGAUAAACUGCUGGAAAUAUAAAGAUGAUGAAAGGCCAAGCUUUAAAAAUGUUUUUGAUGUACUUAUCAAAUACUCAUAA